AUGUGUACUAGUAAUGAAACUGUUAAACAAAUUCAAUACGGAAAUGUUGUUAAUGUUUGUGGUGAAGUAAUUUGUUAUUGUGUUAUACCUUCUCAACAAAACUAUCUCUUUCAAGUGCCAAAUUAUAUAGUAGAGUCACAGAGGAUUCCUUUAACAGGAGUGUAUUUAAUACGAAGUAAUCAAUGCCAGAACGCAACCAGAAUAAAACAAUAUAAUAACUUAAAGAGUAAAGAAAAAGAAUUAAUUAAAAGGGCAUAUACAGUAAGCUUUUUAUCCUGGUCUUUGUUAUCAUGUGGUUGUGAAGUUCAACUUCAGAAGUGCAAGAAAAGAUCUACUAAGAUAAAUCCUUUUGUUAUUGAACAUGUUAUCCAUAAUGGAGAAAUUAUAUUUGAUAUUGAAAUAUUUAAAUCUCAUAUAGAUGCACAGUUAUCACGUCAAACAAUUGUUAAUGCAAUGAACUAUGAAUUAAUUUCUUUGUUGAAACAAUUUGGAUGUGAGAUUAACUACAAGACAAGAGGAAAAUCAAAGUAUCCAUUAAUAACAAUAACUUCAUAUUCAUUACAAGGGAUUACUCAUUAUGAUUGGGAAAUAAUAGGAAAAAAGUAUUAUUAUAAGUUAAAACAACAAAUUUAA